AUGGAAAGUCACGGCAAUCCAGAGUGUGAUUUGGGUGUGAAAAAGCUGAGUCAAGCAGUUGUAGUGGAUGAAGAGAAUUAUCCCAUUGGUGUCCCACCAGAUCAAGCUGCAUCAAUUGUGGGCAACUGUGGGGGAGAGGAGCAGUGGAGGCUUCUGGGCUCUGGAGGUGACCAAUGCAACACAUAUCCCGUGCCCAAAGGCACCUCAUCCUGCUGCUCUGACACCCUGGAGCUGAUGUUGCACAAAGAGAGAGAGCAGGAACAAGCAGAGAAUAUUAAAGAGGAUGGGCGCGCAGACGUGGUCGCCAACGAUGCCGGGGACAGGGUGACUCCCGCGGUCGUUGCUUUCUCCGAAAGCGAGGAGGUUGUUGGUUUAGCUGCAAAGCAAAGUAGAAUAAGGAACAUUUCGAACACUGUAGUGAAAGUAAAGCAGAUCCUUGGGCGAAGCUCUGGUGACCCAAAGGCAGAGAAGUACGUUGCAGAGAGCAAAUGUUCAGUAAUUGAGAAGAAUGGAAAACUUCAGUUUGAAAUAGACAAUAAACUUAUUAACCCAGAAGAUGUGGCAAAAUUGAUUUUCAGUAAAAUGAAAGAAACUGCUCAGUCUGCAUUGGGUUCAGAUGUAAAUGAUGUUGUUAUCACGGUACCAUUUGAUUUUGAAGAGAAUCAGAAAAAUGCCCUUGGGGAAGCAGCUGCAGCUGCUGGAUUUAAUGUUAUGAGAUUAAUUCAUGAACCCUCUGCAGCGCUCCUGGCUUAUGGAAUUGGCCAAGAUUCACCCACUGGGAAAAGCAAUGUGUUGGUUUAUAAACUUGGUGGGACAUCACUUUCUAUCACAGUCAUUGAAGUGAACAGUGGAAUAUACCGUGUGCUUGCUACAAACACAGAUGACAGCAUUGGUGGAGUUUGCUUCACAGAAGCUCUAGCACAACACUUAGCUUCUGAAUUUCAGAGGUCUUGUAAACAUGAUAUUAGAGGAAAUCCCAGAGCCAUGAUGAAGCUAAUGAACAGCGCUGAUGUUGCUAAACACUCGUUGUCAACCCUGGGAAGUGCAAACUGUUUUGUAGAUUCGUUGUAUGAUGGAUUGGAUUUUGAUUGUAAUGUGUCCAGGGCCAGGUUUGAACUUAUCUGUUCUUCACUUUUUAGUAAAUGUGUAGAAGCAAUUAAAAAGCUCUUGCAGCAAGUUGGAUUUACAGCAGAUGAUAUCAAUAAGGUAGUCCUGUGUGGUGGGUCUGCUCGAAUCCCAAAGCUACAGCAGCUGAUCAAAGACAUUUUCCCAACGGUGGAAUUAUUGAAUUCAAUUCCUCCAGAUGAAGUUAUUCCCAUUGGUGCAGCCAUAGAGGCAGGAAUUCUGCUAGGGUAAGAAAAUCCUUUGUUAGAAGAAGAAGCACUCUUUAUUGAGUGUUCUGCUAAAGAUAUUCUUCUGAAGGGAGUAGAUGAGUCAGGGGCUGACAGAUUCACAGUGCUGUUUCCAUCAGGGACACCAUUGCCAGCUCGAAGGCAGCACACCCUGCAUGCUCCUGGAAAUGCUGCUUCUGUGUGUCUUGAACUAUAUGAGUCUCUGGGGAAAGGUCCCAUGAAUGAAGAAAGUAAAUUUGCACAGAUUGUACUCCAGGAUUUAGAUAAAAAGGAAGAUGGCCUACAUGAUAUACUAACUGUUCUCACAAUGAAAAGGGAUGGGUCCUUGCAUGUUACCUGCACAGAUCAAGACACUGGGAAGUGUGAAAUCAUCACUGUUGAAGUGGCAUCAUAG